UGGACACAAAUCACUUCUGGCUUUAGGAAGCCCAGGAAUUCAUUUGAUCAUUUGGAUGAGACUUGGGCAGAAUCUGGCAGAAAGCAAGAAUUAUUUUUGCUUCUAGAGAAUAAGCCUACCACCUGAUCCUGUAAAGAGCUUUACUCGGCUGAGGAGCAGGUACUCCUGAAAAACACCCUUUGUACAUUUAGCUUUUUAAUACGUUUGGCUUUUAUAAUCACACUGCGCUAGGCUGUCAGGCUUUCAGAGCAGCACCGAAGGGAGAGAAUUACACAUGCCCACAGGAUGCAGCCCUGAGCACGACUUCCCCUGAACGUGGACCAGCUACCGAUUUGCAAACGUGAAGUUAAAGACUUGGUCCUACCACAGCUUUGCCAUAGACUUUUAAGAGGCCCUGAUUUCCUCCUGCAUCGGCAUUGAAGAUUUCCCACAGGGAUCCAGCAUGCCACAUUACAAGUUGACAUACUUCAAUCUGAGAGGAAGAGCAGAAAUCAGCCGCUACCUGUUUGCCUAUUCAGGCAAGAAUUAUGAAGACCACCGGAUAGAACCGGCAGACUGGCCCAAAAUCAAACCAACUAUCCCAUUCGGCAAAAUCCCCGUUCUGGAAGUAGAUGGAGUUAUCAUUCACCAAAGCCUGGCGAUAGCAAGAUACCUUGCCAGAGAAACAGGUCUGGCAGGUCAGACUCCUGUGGAACAGGCACUAGCUGAUGCCAUUGUGGACACCAUAGAUGAUUUCAUGGUGCUGUUCCCUUGGACAGAGAAAAACCAGAAUGUGAGAAAACAAGCAUUUAAUGAGAUCUUCACCAACCAAGCACCGGAGUUACUGAAACACCUGGAUACUUUCUUAGGGGAUAACAACUGGCUGGUAGGAAAAUCCGUAACAUGGGCUGAUUUCUACUGGGAUGUGUGCAGUACGACACUCCUGUCCUGCAAACCUGACCUGGCAGACAGCUACCCCAGGCUUUUAGCUCUCAGAGACAGAGUGCAAGCGCUUCCUGCUAUCGCGGCCUGGAUCGAGAAAAGACCAAAGACAAUUAUGUAAAUCACCUGUUUAGACCUAGGAAAAAACCCCAAACAAAUGCAUGUUUAGAUUUUAACAUCACAAUUAACAAGUGUCAUAAGUUAUUAAUUUUAGAAUCAUUUCAAUAAAUUUCAGAUGGAUAUGCUA